AUGUUUUACGAAUUCAUUUAUCUCUACCUAUUCCAUGAUUCUGUCCAGAGUACCUCUCAGAGUUAUCAUGAGGAGCCAUGUCACGGAAAUGUAAUCAGGAAUCUACUGUCCGCCAUUAUUGUGCGAGACGAAAUUCAUACAGGAAGGAAACUAUGUUUAUUCAAUGCCACUGAAGAAUCACAGGAAUAUCCGUUCUGUAAGAAUAAUGAGACAGAUAAAUUACACUUGAAAAAUAUCCGACCUGUACUCUUUCCAGAGAAAGUCAUUAAGAGAAGCCAGAGAAAUCUGCUAAAAGACAUCGUAUUACCGAAUCCGAAGCCAGUAAACCGAAAGAUCGGGACAUUGAAAAAUGUUAUCACGCCCAAUAGACUCAUGAAAGAAUCUGAAUGGAGGACACUCCGGCCAAGCCUGUUAGGAAAAGUGUCACAGCAG